AUGCCAGUCACUCGUAGUCAAGCUAAACCGGCUUCUGCAUCUGCUGACGGGGCUUCUGCCCAACCUUCCGACACCAAGGUCGAACCGUCGGACCCGGUCAGGGAACCGUCAUUAUCCAUCUUUGCCGACCUCGCGGACGAUUCUCUUUUGCAUGGCCGCGAUGCCAAAGCGAUUUGUGAUGCCACUACUACGGCCAUUAGAGCAGGGAUCGCUACCAUCCCAGCCAGCGGCUCGGUCUCCCUUCCCAUCUUUGAACCGCAGCCAACCUGCUUGCGCCAACAUUCCCCCUGCGCACAGCUACAAUGCACAGGCCUUCCAGUCGACCCUUUGUCCGACGUGGCCACCUUGUCCGCUUCACUCCGGGACUCUCAGGAUCAGCUGCAGCGCUCCCAAGCACGUGUCUCAGCACUACUUCGACGUAACGAGGAACUCACGCAAGCAUCGCUUGAGCGGCCGGUUUCGCCACCUCGCCCAACAUCUUCCGUACUUCCGGACAUUCGCGCUUUGUUUUGCGUCGUCCUGUGUCUCACGGUUUUUGCUUCGCCAGGUAACGCUUUCGAUGAUGGUUGUGUCCUUCCGACAACCCUGCUACCUUUUUCUUUCUACCGGAUACUCAGAAUUGUUCUGAAAUGUUACCUAACGUCUCCACCCCGCUCGAUAAGGUUGUCUUACAUGUCUAUCGUCCGAACACGCAGUUAUACUCCUCACCGGCAUUCUUCUGUAAGAUCAUUCGCCAUUCUGUUACGUUUUCCGUUAACUUUUUCGGCGCUCGCCGUGAAACGCAUACGGAAACCCCCUCCACUGUCUCGGCCUGAGGAAUGUCGCAAGUUGGCACUUCAUCAUCGCUGCUCUCAUGGUGAGAUGCUCGAAUUCUCUGGCCUUUGGCGAACCUCGCACACGUCAACGUUGACUUUCCAUAAGCUCCUUUCUCAUGUUGUGUCGACCAUGUUCGGCAUUCCGAUGCGGCACCCCAAUCCCCCGCGGGGGAUAUGUCCUCCUGCCCAUACGCUGAUUACACAUGUACACUUUCGGACGGGUCCAUACUCGUCUGGAACCCCCAACCAGAGAAGAAGAAUGUUCAUUCAUUCUGCUUGCGCGCAUGUCGGGUCACUCAAUGGGAACCAUUUGGAUGAGACGAGUUUGCCCUCUCUUGGAAUGAGCGCUCGCCUAGAGUGGUGGAUUGCUCCAAGCAAAUCACGAUUACCGAUCAGGGCUAUGCAAUCCGGGUUUCCCACCGUCAGCCUCGCAGUUCUCCUCCCAACGUCGGGCUCGUCACAACUAACCAGUUGUCUGCACAGUUGUUAG